GAUGACGUUUUUUUUCCUCGUUAAAUAUAUUUCUAUUGCUUCGGUUAGAUUUGUAUUUGCCUGUGUCUUGGAGUGAAAUGAACUGUUAUAAUGUUUAUGCAUAGUGUACUUUUGGGUUAAAAUUUAUAUCAUUUCAAUAAUUUGAGUGUUGUGUGUAACUUUUAGAAAUUCGCAAUUAUUUCCUUGAUCUGUGAAUUAUACAUCUUGUCUGUAUUCGCUAUUAACAUGUCAGAUAUUGUUGUGACAAUUAUUUUCUAUAUUAUUUGAGUGAAAUGGUUUGAUUGACUUGAAGGAGAGAUGAAUAAGCAAUUAAUUAAGUAGGUUUGUGUCAAUUUCCACACAUUAGAUUAAUCAGUUAAAAAAAUCAGUGUAUCUUGGUUGGGUAGUAGCAUCGAGAAUAAUGCUAACAAUGCCAAUGAGGUAAGUUUCAGUUUUUAAAAAAUCAGACUUUUCUUUAUGUUUUGAAGUUGACCAUGACGAAAAACCAACAAUUUUCGAUUUUGGGAAAUUCUGGCUGAAUCGGUGACUGGAGUUAGCUGUUUUAGGAACAGAAUAGUAGAGAGUAGAAGAUUUAAUAUUUGUCUAUCAAACUGCCAAGUGGAUUCAAGACUUGAUUUAUGGACAGGAAAACAUGAAGAAGACAAAUACCCACAGUUGCCUGUUAUAAGUUUUUUUCAUGGUUCAACUAUCUUCCACUUUUUCUCUUUCUUGCAGGCUUCUGCUCUGGGGAUUGGGCUCUUAUGGGUCAAAAUAAUCUGCUUUGCUCUUCUUCGACAAUGAUUUUUAUGGCGGUGGUUUUUACGGUGGUGAGUCUUUUGGGACUGUUUUUUCAGGCCACACAGCUGCCUCCUCCACAGAACAAUGGGGAAUCAGUGGGCUUGUCUGUUUCUUCCCCAAGAAUCAGACUCAGAGAUGGAAGAUUUUUGGCUUACAGGGAGAGAGGAGUGAGCAAAAAUGAUUCCAUCAACAGGAUCAUUGUUUCCCAUGGUUUUGGAAGUUCCAAGGAUAUGAAUGUUCUAGCCACUCAGGAGCUAAUAGAUGAGUUGGGGAUCUAUUUUCUUCUAUUUGAUCGACCCGGGUAUGGAGAAAGUGAUCCAAAUCCAAACCUUACAGUAAAAAGUGAAGCAUUGGACAUUGAAGAACUUGCUGAUCACUUGCAAAUUGGUUCCAAGUUUUAUGUGAUUGGUGUCUCAAUGGGAUCAUAUUCCAUUUGGGGUUGCCUUAAAUACAUACCAAACAGGCUAGCUGGUGCAGCACUGAUUGUCCCAACUGUUAACUAUUGGUGGCCUUCCCUUCCUCAUAGUUUGAUAAGCAAGGAUUACAGAAGACAAAUUGUGCAAUGGGCUGUCUGGCUUUCGCACUAUGCCCCGGGAUUGUUAUAUUGGUGGAUCACUCAUACAUGGAUACCUUCAAAUGCUGUCCUGGAAAGAAAUCCCAUCUUCUUCAACGAUCGAGAUAUCGAUAUCUUGAAGUCGAUUCCAGGAUUCCCAAUGCUCGCACAGAAUAAACUACGGGAAAGAGGUGUUUUCGACACACUUCGUCACGACUUCAUGGUAGCGUUCGGCGAAUGGGGGUUUGAUCCUAUGCGUCUAAGCAAUCCUUUCCCUGAAAAUGGAAGUUCAGUGCACAUAUGGCAGGGUUAUGAAGACAGGGUAGUACCCUUCCAACUUCAGAGAUAUGUUUCUGGGAAGCUGCCAUGGAUUCAGUAUCAUGAAGUUCCUGAUGGGGGCCAUUUGAUUGUGCAUUAUAGAGGUUUGUUUGCGACCAUAUUAAGGGCUCUUCUGCUUGGAGAAGAAUUUUGUUCCGAUCCUAAGCCAAAUUUGUCCAAUACUGUAGUUUGAAUUUGUCUCUCAUUUGUUUCUGUUUCUGUUCAACAUUGUAAUUGUUUCUGUGUACAUAUUUAUUUUUCUUUUGGCAUUGCCAAAUGCACAAAUUUGAUUGUAAACCAAUUUGUUGAAUUGCAAGUGUUUUAGUUGUUUUGUUUAUAUUAGCGGUUCAA